AUGCUACAAAGUAGAAUUGCCGUUCCCAUCCCCUCCGCGGCCGAUAACAUUUACUCGCUCAAGUUGAUCACCUUUUCUUGCUUAUUUAAAUCUUUCAUUCGUUCGAUUGUUGCAUUACUCUUUCAGUCUUUCGUUCGGUGCUUUACUCUUUCAGUUCUUCGUUCCUUGCUUUACUCUUUCAGCCCUUCGUUCCUUGCUUUACUCUUUCAGCCCUUCGUUCCUUGCUUUACUCUUUCAGUCCUUCGUUCCUUGCUUUACUCUUUCAGCCCUUCGUUCCUUGCUUUACUCUUUCAGUCCUUCGUUCCUUGCUUUACUCUUUCAGCCCUUCGUUCCUUGCUUUACUCUUUCAGUCCUUCGUUCCUUGCUUUACUCUUUCAGCCCUUCGUUCCUUGCUUUACUCUUUCAGCCCUUCGUUACUUUAUUCUUUCAGUCCUUCGUUCCUUGCUUUAUUCUUUCAGUCCUUCGUUCCUUGCUUUAUUCUUUCAGUCCUUCGUUCCUUGCUGUACUCUUUCAGUCCUUCGUUACUUUAUUCUUUCAGUCCUUCGUUCGUUGUUUUACACUUUCAGUCUUUCGUUCGUUGCCUUAUUCUUUCAGUCCUUCAUUCGUUGCUUUAUUCUUUCAGUCCUUCGUUCCUUGCUUUAUUCUUUCAGUCCUUCGUUCCUUGCUUUACUCUUUCAGUCCUUCGUUCUUUGCUGUACUCUUUCAGUCCUUCGUUACUUUAUUCUUUCAGUCCUUCGUUCGUUGUUUUACACUUUCAGUCUUUCGUUCGUUGCCUUAUUCUUUCAGUCCUUCAUUCGUUGCUUUAUUCUUUCAGUCCUUCGUUCCUUGCUUUAUUCUUUCAGUCCUUCUUUCUUUGCUUUAUUCUUUCAGCCCUUCGUUACUUUAUUCUUUCAGUCUUUCGUUCAUUGUUUUACACUUUCAGUCUUUCGUUCGUUGCCUUAUUCUUUCAGUCCUUCGUUCCUUGCUUUACUCUUUCAGCCCUUCGUUCCUUGCUUUAUUCUUUCAGUCCUUCGUUCCUUGCUUUACUCUUUCAGUCCUGCUUUCUUUGCUUUAUUCUUUCAGCCCUUCGUUACUUUAUUCUUUCAGUCUUUCGUUCGUUGUUUUACACUUUCAGUCUUUCGUUCGUUGCCUUAUUCUUUCAGUCCUUCGUUCCUUGCUUUAUUCUUUCAGUCCUUCGUUCCUUGCUUUAUUCUUUCAGUCCUUCGUUCCUUGCUUUACUCUUUCAGCCCUUCGUUACUUUAUUCUUUCAGUCCUUCGUUCGUUGUUUUACACUUUCAGUCUUUCGGUCGUUGCCUUAUUCUUUCAGUCCUUCAUUCGUUGCUUUAUUCUUUCAGUCCUUCGUUCCUUGCUUUACUCUUUCAUUCGUUCGUUCUUCAAAUUUGUUUUUCGUUCCCUUUUUUCAUCAUUUCGCCUUUCAUUUUAUUCUUUUAUUGCACAUUUCCACCAAUUCUUCUUCUUCUUCUUCUUCUUCUUUUUCUUCUUCUUCUUCUUCUUCUUCUUCUUCUUCUUCUUCUUCUUCUUCAAGUUUUUUUAAUUUCUUCUUUAUUCUCCCUUCCUUCUUUUUCUUCUGUUUCUAAUGCUCACAUUUUUCUUUUUUCUUCUUCUUUUCUGCUGCUUCUAGUUCUCACUUUCUUUUUUCUUCUUCUUUCUUUCUUUCUUUCUUUCUUUCUUUCUUUCUUUCUUUCUUUCUUUCUUGCUCUUCCUUCUCCGUUUCUUUCAACUUCUUUUUUUUUAUUACUAUUAUUUCUUCCUUUCAAUGUUUUUCUUCUCCUUGUCGUUUUCAUGUCACACUCGAUUGGUUUCUCGUGA